GAUCCUGGCCAAGAUAGAUGCCAUAACUGUCAGUGUACACUAGUUUCGACACUAUUUGCGCCAACAGCCUGCUGUCUUUGUCAAUCAGGCGAGGCCACAUCUACCAUAAUCUGGACUUGCCAUUGCGACAUGCGCAAAGUGUUACAUUGACCGACCGAAGCAUCAUCUCAUCUUCUUUUGGAUGCUACCGCCUUCCCGAAUCGGAACCACGCAGCACCAGAUAGUCACGUCACGAACGCGGACUAUUUUCGAAUAAGACGCCGAAUCAAGCAAACGCGAUCGAGCUUAGAAUUCCCCGACACGAAACAGAAAGUUCAGUCAGUCCCGGCGCCGAGCCCCCGCGCCGAGCCCACCCCGACAAUCCGUUCGGCCCGCGCCGAUGGAGAAAUUCCCUGACCUUGACGUCGGCAUCACCAACCACAAUGCCAACAAGUUUAAUGGUCAUGCCAAUGGCAAUACCAACGGCGGUGCUUAUCCACCGCCUGCUGGAGUGAGGUGGACUCCGGCAUCCUCGACGUAUAGUGGCUCAGGCCGCAGUGGGGGCCAUAGCAGGCAAAAGAGCAUCAGCGAGGCGAUCCGGACGAUAAGAUCGAGACAUGGUAGCGUCGGCCAGAAUGCGCACGAGAUUGCCGAUGCUCUCAAGGCCCCCUUAUCACCCAGACUCAUUGUCCUUUGCAUAAUAUGGUACGGGUCUUCUGCUCUGACCAACACCUCUUCCAAGUCGAUAUUGAAUGCUUUCGCCAUGCCCGCCACCCUUACUCUGGUUCAGUUUGCUUUUGUCUGUGGCUACUGCCUCUUGCUGUCAUGGCUGGCUUCCAUCUUCCCGGGUCUGCGUACAGCAGUGCCGGCCCUUAAGCACGGCAUCCGGUACCCUUCGCGCGACGUCAUACAAACCACCAUGCCGCUGGCAGCCUUCCAAAUCUUUGGCCACUUGCUCAGCUCAACCGCCACAUCCAAGAUCCCUGUGUCACUGGUACACACCAUCAAGGGCCUUUCCCCGCUCUUUACGGUGCUCGCAUAUCGCAUCGUCUUCAACAUUCGCUACCCUGCCGCAACAUAUCUGUCGUUGGUGCCCCUGACACUUGGUGUAAUGCUCGCCUGCUCGGGCAAGCAUAAAUUUGGUGGCGAGGUUGUGGGCAUCGUCUACGCCCUUAUUGCUACGCUUAUUUUCGUGACGCAGAAUAUCUUCUCGAAGCGCCUGUUCAACGAAGCAGCACGCGCCGAAGCCGAAGGCAUGGGCCACAAAUCCCGCAAACUCGACAAGCUAAACUUGCUCUGCUAUUCUUCAGGCAUGGCUUUCAUCCUGACAGUACCCAUCUGGUUCUGGUCCGAGGGGAUCGGCAUUAUCAAAGAUUUCUUACGCGAUGGCUCGAUUGACUUGGCCAAGGCUCCUGGCAGCUUUGAUCACGGCAGGCUUUUCAUAGAGUUUGUUUUCAAUGGCACGUUCCAUUUUGGACAAAACAUCAUGGCCUUUGUUCUCUUGUCCAUGGUGUCCCCUGUGACGUACUCGGUCGCCAGUCUGAUCAAAAGGGUGUUUGUCAUCGUCAUCGCCCUCGUGUGGUUCCGCAGCCCAACAACCAAGAUCCAGGCUGUCGGAAUUGCUCUCACCUUCGUUGGCCUGUACCUUUACGACAGGACAAAGGAGGGCAACCGGGCUGACAAGAGGGCAACGUACCUGGGUGACAAGGGCGCCAAGGAUUCCAUCCUCCCGCUUUCCACCAAAACCAAUGGUGUUAACGGCGGGUUGGUGUUUGAAAGCCCGGCCUCUGCUGGACCCAAUGGGUUCAACGGUGGCAUAAACGCGCCGCGGCCAUAUGUUAAUGGCUACGCGCUGCCCGCCAGAACGGAUGGUGAUAACAAGAAAUCAGAUGAUCAAACGGCCGUUGGGACUGGUAGGCAGAGGGGAGCCAGCACAACCUCAUGGAUGCCGCCGGGGACUCGGCAAGAAGACACCUGGCGCGUAGGGGAUAGAAAUAGCGGGGGCCCUGUUCGAUAA